UGUCGGGAACGCGCCGGGCUGUCGCCGCCGCCGUGCACGCGCAAGACUGCGCGCGUGCCCGCCCGCCAGUCGCGUGCACGGCGAGAGAGGCUUGAGGCUGCACCGAGCUCUCAUCGUAGCAGCUGCAGCGAGAAGCAAGAUGCUAAAGGUCCUGCUCUGUGUUGCUGCUGUAGCCUUUUUGCAGAUAGAAGGCAGGCACCGUGCAGCCGCGGACAACGGCAAUUUUCUGGAUGAUAAACAAUGGCUGACCACCGUCUCGCAGUACGACAAGGAGCCCGGGCAUUGGAACAAAUUUCGAGACGAGGUUGAGGAUGACUAUUUCAGGAACUGGAAUACUGGCCGACAUAUGGACCAAGGAUUAGAUGCCGCUAAAGAUCCUUGUCUAAAUGUGAAAUGCAGCCGGCACAAAGUAUGCAUUGCUGAAGACAACCAUAGAGUGGUUUGCAUUAGUCACAGAAGACUAACAUCCAGGAUGAAAGCAACCAAUUUGGCUCACAAGCAACGGAAAGGAUCCAACUGCACACCAUGUCCAGUGGUUCAUCCUCAUCCUGUUUGUGGAACAGAUGGACAUGUCUACUCAUCUCUGUGCAAACUGGAAUAUCAAGCAUGUGUUUCGGGGAAGCAGAUCUCAGUCAAAUGUGAUGGACAGUGCCCUUGCUCAGCGGAUAAAGUGACAAUUGAAGGGAAAAAUGGACCAAAAGCAGAAUGCAGUGAGAGGGAGUUCAGAGAAGUUGUAUCAAGGCUAAAAGACUGGUUCAAAGUGCUACAUGAAAAUGGAAACCACAACAAGAAGACCCGUGCAUUUCAGAGACAGGACAAGGAUCGAGUUAGAUUUGACACCAGCAUUCUUCCCAUCUGCAAGGAUUCGCUUGGGUGGAUGUUUAACAGACUGGACACAAACUAUGACCUGUUACUCGACCAGUCAGAGCUAGGAAGCAUUUAUUUUGAUAACCAUGACCUAUGCAUGAGGCCGUUGUUCAACUCAUGUGACACAUACAGAGAUGGCCGCAUUUCCAACAAUGAGUGGUGCUACUGCUUCCAGAGACAUCAAGAUCCACCCUGCCUGACGCAACUGACCAAUAUUCAACGACUGCAAGGUGGAAAGAAACCACUUGGUAUUUUUCUCCCCACCUGCGAUGAAGAUGGAUAUUAUAAAGCCACCCAGUGCCACAGCAGUGUGAGACAAUGCUGGUGUGUUGAUCGGUACGGGAAUGAACAGGGAGGAUCGAGAUCAGGUGGACCAUCUGAUUGUGAAGGUGAGCAAGAGAGUUCAGGUGAUUUUGGCAGUGCAGACUUCCACGAGUGGUCGGAUGAUGAGGAUGAUGUGGAAGAUGUCAUUGAUGAAGAAAUGGAUGCAGUUGACAAUGAAGAUGAUGAAGAUGAUGAUGAUGAAUAUGAUGCAGGUGGUGACAUAUGGUAGAAGGGAAAUGUCAUGAACUUUAAUAUUUUGCACGUUUCUAUAGUGAGAUCUCAUGAGUUACUAGUCAUAUUACAAAUGAUCAAAAAUAUUUCGGUCAGCGUGUAUAUUUUGUACAAUGAUACUGUCAAACAAGGUUCCUCCAGAAAGAAGUCAGCAUCCCUUAAAAAUUGUUGCAGUUCCUCAUUACGCUUCAUCAUUUUUUGAAAACAAAUUAAAAAUUCUUUCAAAGGAGAAAAAUAUUAUAACAAGUGAGGAAAAAUAUUGUUUUUGUUCAAAGAUUGGUUUCUUUUCAAAUGUGUUUUGCCAAUUAUUGUCCCAUUGGGACAGAGUAGAUCGAAGCUCAUUCUCCACUAAUGACUGGCCCAUUCUGCUCAUUGGUCCUGACACUGAAAACAACAUGGAUGUGCAUUUGAUAUCAAAACGCUUUGUUGAUUGGGCUGUGCAGAUUAAAAUAAACUUUAAGCCAUCAAAAUAGAAAAUUGACUUUUGACAAAAAUUAGUCAGCUUUUAAAAAUGAACAAACGACAUUUCUUAAGAAUUAUUUAGUACAACAAACAGCCAUUCAAAUGUUUUUAGACAGAAGUUGUUGACUUCAACACAUUCUUGCCUCCAACGGAAUAUUGUUGAAGAACAUGGAUGUGUGACUGAGUGAUUUGUUAUUCUUUAAACAAAAAUUAGUCAUCUUUUUAAAAGUAUAUUUGAUUUCAAACACUAGUUCAAACUAAAUAGAAAUCACAUGGUGAUGUGCCUUUCAAAUUAAAAAUAGAAAUAUUUUUUCUUUGUGUAUUAAAGAUAGGAGUUCAGGUAAUAUUUAAGCACGCCUGAUCACAGCAUUAGUACUUCAGCUGCAAACUUGCAUAAGAGAAAAAUAAUUUUAAAUUAAUUUUCAAUAGUUAUGGCAGUCAUCAUAUGGACUGUAAGUAUAUACCAGUAUCGUGUAGCAGUAGCAUUUAACAAUCUUGCUAUAGACUAAAUUGCCCUGUAUUUAUGUUAGCAUGUUAAUUGAUUGAAAUUCCACCGCCUUGAUGCAUACUGGAGUUGAGACUUAAGUCCUUUUUCAAUGAAGGUCAACAUUGUUUGUAAUAACUAACAUAACUACACUGUUGUGUGCUGUUUAUUUAGUGCAUAAGAUUGUUAGUCUUAAAUGUUUCUCCUCAAAUCUGAGCUAAAGGAAAACCAUGAACAAUGUAACUCAUUCUAAUUAAUUUUCCUUUAUAGACUGGAUUUGAGUUACAAAAUGGAAAAGCUAUGCUGCAUUUUUUUUUACUGUUUAUGUAUAGUUUACAAUAAUAAAGGACUCCUGUAACCAA